CACAUAGAUGUGACCCGCUGUGGUUCAGGUGUGUAUUUAAAGAGCAGGGUGGCCUCCCGUCAUCACUGCAUCACUCAGCUGAGACCUGAACAACAUCACCUCACAUUUACCUGACAGAACAAUCUGUUGAUCAUCACCAUGAAGACUGUCCUGGUCCUCUCUGUUCUCCUCUGUGCUGCAUUUGCAGCUCCAGUUGAAGAGCAAGAACAGACUAAAGAAGCAGCAGUGGAAGCUCCGAAGGAACAGAUGGGUGCUGCACCUGAGAUGGAGGACAAGAUGAUGAAAGAUGAGGAAAUAUUUGUGCCAGAAGAUUCUGUCCUUGUUCCCAGAAACGCACAUGUGUUUGAGGAGGCAGCAGCACCUGAAUCCCGUUAUAACUUCUGUCCUGACGGAUGGUUCAGCCAGGGCUCUCGCUGCUUCAAGUUCAUCAAUAGUCCCAUGUCCUGGUACAGUGCUGAGGAGCACUGCAACAGCCUGGGUGCCCACCUGGCCUCAGCCACCAACCCCAGAGAGUACAACUUCCUGCAGCAGCUCACACAAACAGCUGGUCAGAGCAUCGCAUGGCUGGGAGGCUUCAACCUGCAGGGCCGCUGGAUGUGGAUUGACCGUGAAGGUUUCUAUUACACCAACUGGUACUCGCCCUCCUCCUCCAGCAGCUACCCCUGCGUAUACUUACGCAUCUCCAAUGGAUGGGGUAACACCCAGUGUGGCUCUGCUUAUCGCUUCAUCUGCUCCAAGAACCCAUUCAGCUGUUAACAUACAUGCUAAACAUCUGGAUGGAUCAGCUGGUAUUGUUUCUCUGUUUAAAAGCAGCUCAUAAACUUCGUUGUGUGUCUUGCUGAAUUAUUGUAUUUUCCAUUGUGUAUUUUUAAAAGGCUUUCAUGAGUGUGAAGUGUUCAGUACCUUUGUUAGUGACUGUGUCAGUUGGCUCCUUUCCAAAAUAAAGACUUGUGAGAAUGGAA